AUGUCUAAGCUUUACGUUGGAAACCUGUCCUGGAACACCACGGAUGAGACUCUCCGUUCGACCUUCGGCGAGUUCGGUGAGGUCACCGACUCUAUCAUCAUGAAGGACCGUGAGACCGGCCGUGCCCGUGGCUUCGGUUUCGUUACCUUUGCCAGCGAGGAGCAGGCUACCGCUGCUGUCAACGGCCUCAACGAGCAGGAGCUUGACGGUCGUCGCAUCCGAGUCAACGUCGCCAACGCCCGCCCUGCCGGCGGUAACGGCGGCGGUUUCGGUGGUGGUCGAGGCGGCGGCUACGGUGGUGGCCGUGGUGGUUACGGCGGCGGUGACCGCAGCUACGGUGGUGACCGCGGCUACGGCGGUGACCGAGGUGGCUACUAA